AAGUGGCUGCAGCGUCACGUGACCCUGGUAACAUGGCCGCUGCCCACUGAGCGUUGCCGGUUCCUGGCGGGAGCUGGUCGCGUGAGCGGUGGGGCUGUCCGGGUAGCGCGUGGGAGAGCAGGGUCCCGGCAGGGGACCUGAGGCGGCACGCGGCGGCAGAGACAAGGCAGGCGGGCCCGGGGCGGGGCAGCCCAUGAGCGGGCUCCGGGGUCCGCGCCGAGCCGCACACUCCCCUUGCCCUGGCGCGGCCCCGGCAGCCUCGGACUAAGGUGUCUCGAAGCCCCCGGGCGCAGCGCGAGCUGCCACCAUGAACCCGGAGAAGGAUUUCGCGCCGCUCACGCCCAACAUCGUGCGGGCCCUGAAUGAUAAACUCUACGAAAAGCGGAAGGUGGCAGCGCUGGAGAUCGAGAAGCUGGUGCGGGACUUUGUGGCCCAGAACAAUACCAUGCAAAUAAAACACGUGAUCCAGACCCUGUCUCAGGAGUUUGCCCUGUCCCAGCACCCCCACAGCCGGAAAGGGGGUCUCAUUGGCCUGGCUGCCUGCUCUAUCGCCCUGGGCAAGGACUCAGGGCUCUACCUGAAGGAGCUGAUCGAGCCAGUACUGACCUGCUUUAACGAUGCAGACAGUAGGCUGCGCUACUACGCUUGCGAGGCCCUCUACAACAUCGUCAAAGUGGCCCGAGGCGCUGUGCUGCCACACUUCAAUGUGCUGUUUGACGGGCUGAGUAAGUUGGCUGCUGACCCAGACCCCAAUGUGAAAAGUGGAUCUGAACUUCUAGACCGACUUUUAAAGGACAUUGUGACAGAAAGCAACAAGUUUGACCUGGUGGGCUUCAUCCCCCUUUUGCGGGAGAGGAUUUACUCCAACAACCAAUACGCCCGGCAGUUCAUCAUCUCGUGGAUCCUGGUUCUGGUGUCGGUGCCGGACAUUAACCUGCUGGAUUACCUGCCGGAGAUCCUGGAUGGGCUCUUCCAGAUCCUGGGUGACAAUGGCAAAGAGAUUCGAAAAAUGUGUGAGGUGGUUCUUGGAGAAUUCUUGAAAGAAAUUAAGAAGAACCCCUCCAGUGUGAAGUUUGCUGAGAUGGCCAACAUCCUGGUGAUCCACUGCCAGACCACCGAUGACCUGAUUCAGCUGACAGCCAUGUGCUGGAUGCGGGAGUUCAUCCAGCUGGCGGGCCGGGUAAUGCUGCCCUACUCAUCUGGGAUCCUGACUGCUGUCCUGCCCUGCUUGGCCUAUGAUGACCGCAAGAAAAGCAUCAAGGAGGUGGCCAAUGUGUGUAACCAGAGCCUGAUGAAGCUGGUCACUCCCGAGGAUGAUGAGCCAGAUGAGCCAAAGCCCGUAGCACAGAGGCAGACAGAACCCAACCCUGAGGACUCCCUGCCAAAGCAGGAGGGGACAGCUAAUGGAGUUCCAGGUGGUUCCUGUGACUCCAGCUUUGGAAGUGGCAUCAGUGUCUUUACCUCAGCCAGCACUGACAGGGCUCCAGUGACCCUACACCUGGAUGGGAUUGUGCAAGUCCUGAACUGCCACCUCAGUGACACAGCCAUUGGAAUGAUGACCAGGAUUGCCGUUCUGAAGUGGCUUUACCAUCUCUACAUCAAAACUCCCCGCAAGAUGUUCCGGCACACAGACAGCCUCUUCCCUAUCCUACUUCAGACAUUAUCUGAUGAAUCCGAUGAGGUUGUCUUGAAGGAUCUGGAGGUAUUGGCAGAAAUUGCUUCCUCCCCUGCAGGCCAGACGGAUGACCCAGGCACUCCUGAUGGUCCUGACUUCCGAGUCAGCCACUCGGAGCUUCGGGUGCCCAGCUCCAGCAGAGCCAACCUGCUAAACCCUCCCAGUACCAAAGGCUUAGAAUGUUCUCCUUCCACUCCCACCAUGAACUCCUACUUUUACAAGUUCAUGAUCAACCUUCUGCAGACAUUCAGCAGUGAACGGAAGCUCCUGGAGGCCAGAGGCCCAUUCAUCAUCAGGCAGCUCUGCCUCCUGCUGAACGCAGAGAACAUCUUCCACUCUAUGGCAGACAUCUUGCUUCGGGAGGAGGACCUCAAGUUCGCGUCCACUAUGGUGCACACACUCAACACUAUCCUGCUCACCUCCACUGAACUCUUCCAGCUGAGAAACCAGCUCAAGGACCUGAAGACUCUGGAAAGCCAGAACCUCUUCUGCUGCCUGUAUCGCUCCUGGUGCCACAACCCAGUCACCACCGUGUCACUCUGUUUCCUCACCCAGAACUACCGACACGCCUAUGACCUCAUCCAGAAGUUUGGGGACCUGGAAGUCACCGUGGACUUCCUCACAGAGGUGGACAAAUUGGUGCAGCUGAUUGAGUGUCCCAUCUUUACAUAUCUACGCCUACAACUGCUGGAUGUGAAGAACAACCCAUACCUGAUCAAGGCCCUGUAUGGCCUGCUUAUGCUGCUGCCCCAGAGCAGUGCCUUCCAGCUGCUCUCUCACCGGCUCCAGUGUGUGCCCAACCCGGAGCUGCUGCAGACUGAGCAUUUGGCAUCGGAGAUGGAAAAUUUCACUUGUCAGGUCACCAUGGAAACAAGCAGAGCCACUGAGAAGAUUUACGCUGAAUGGAGUGCACCCAGCUUGCAUCAGCUGCCCUGUGUGUCUAGAAUUCCCUCCUAGGCCAUUGGAGCCACUCGGCAGGCCUGGCGCCUUGCUGCAGUGAAACCCUGAGGCGCUUGCCCUGAGGGUAGAUGCAGACAGCCUCAGGAUAGGCCUGUGCCCAUUCUACCCUUUCCUGCCACUUUUCCAGCCAGCCUUGUACUGACUGUGUCAUGUCAGCUCUGAGUUUCAACCAAGUGAAGUCUGGAAUACUUGGUGUGUUGAGUAUGCCUAAGAUGCAGAGAAGCCACUGCAGGCUUGGGCUGGUCUGGAUUCUUCCCAAAUGAGCAUCUUCUGCUUCUGAGAGGAGAGAGGCCUUGAAGUGACAAUAUGCUCCUUGGCCUGUCCUCUGUAGGCACUGCUGAGAGGACAGUCCUCUGUAGGCACUGCUGAAGGGAGAAGGCAGCAAAAAGGGCACUGCCCUGGGAAAGGUCUCAGACCAGGCCACAAACCCUACCACUUCCCAGAGCCCCUUUCUUGUCUGGAGAAGGGCAGGAAAGCUGUCUAAGUCAAGGCAAGAUAAAUCCCCAGAGAGAAACUAGGUAAAAGGGUUUCCUCAGCCUCUGUAUGGUCCAUCAAGAUAAUUUUGAGCCCAAGGAAUAAGCCCUUGUGUAAAUGACUCUUAUGUGGGUCAGUAAAUGGUUUCAGACCUGGAAUGGGAUCUGGCCCAAGUUCUCCAUAGCUUUGCUGUGUGGCCUCAGGCAAGUUCCUUACCCUCUCUAGGCUCCCAGUUUCUUGGUAACUGCACAUGUGGACUAAAUGGGCAGGAAGUGUUGGGGUGUUCUCAGCCUGCCUGCCUUUGGGAAGAGCUGAAAAAGUUGAAUGUAGAUACAGGCAUGGAAACAGUGGGUGGCAAGGGACCUCAGACAGCUGGAGGAGGAGUCAGAUUGCAGGGUUGAGUGCAGAGGGGCAGUUCACACUCUGGAAAGGGGCUGUGGGCAGUCCCAACCUAGGGUGGGGCAGGCAGCUGCCAGACAGCCGGCCUGCAAGCAGAACAGCUGGGGAGGUUUAUGCACUCGCCACCAUACCUUCCUGUGUUCUCACUAGCAUUUGGGGACCAUAGGCACUCUCCCGCUUUAAAAUCUUCCUCAGUGAGGCAAGAGGAUUCCCUAAAAAGAGAAGCUGGUGGCAGAUAUGUGGGUGGGAUGGUAGGGCAGCAUGUCAGCUCUGGACUGGGGAACCACCACUCCACCCUGCCAGCCAGGUGUCCCUGUUACCCAGUACCUGAGGAUUAUGGGAAAGAAAGCAUGGCAUUGUGAUGGGUAGGGUGAUGCUUAUAAUCCAAGCACUAGAGAGGUAAAGGCAGGAGAAUCAGGAGUUCAAAGGUGUCCUUGACUAUAAAGGCCAGCCUGAGGUACAUGAGAUGCUAUCUCAAGCAAGCAGCAAGGCUCGUAGUCAUGGCUGGGAAGGAUCCCCCUAGCAUGGGGCAGAACAGCUCACUACUCUGAGGUCCCAGAGAGCAAGGUAUAGCUGCUUCCCCGGCCCCCACCCUGGGUAUUUUUUUGUUCUAGUUUUCUAUUGCUAUUACAAAACACUGACCAAAGGCAACUUGGGAAGAAAUGGGUUUAUUUCAUCUUACACUUCCAGGUAACAGUCCAUCACUGAGAAGUCAGGGCAAGAACUGAAGCAGGGACCAUGGAGAAAAGUAGCCUACUGGUUUGCUCUGCAUAGCUUCUUCAGCUUGCUUGCUUAUACAACUCAGGACCACCUACCUGCACAGGGGUGGUACCACCCACAUCAGUCAUUAAUCAAGAAAUGCCCUACAUACCUGCCUGUCUGAUGAAGGCAAUUCCUCAGUUGAAGUUCCCUCUUCCAAAGUAACUCUAGUUUGUGUCAAGCUGACAAACUAACAACACCCCCCAAACCCUCUAAUUAGUCCCUGCCUAGGUUUUCUAAGGGUGGUGUUAAGACAGCGUGUAGACUCAUGGGCAUCCCCCAGUGUCAUUUCUGUGGCUUUGAAUCUUUCCCCCGGACUUAGAGCUACAAGCUCCAAGUCCCUCUGCCCCCUUAGGAGUCUGGGUUGUUCCCUCCAUGAUAGCUCCUGGGCCAGAGAGUCCCCUUCUCCCAUUCCCAGGGGAGUCAACAAGCAUUAGAAACCCCCAAAUGACAACCAGGCCACUUUGACUCUUUAGUCAACAGUGGCUUGGGAGGCAGUGGCUCAAGGCCCAGGAAAAUUUCGGCCACAGAUAGAUCAUAAGAUGUUUUCAGGCAGUGUGUCCUGCUUGAAAGAGGAAAGAGCAGUGUUGGCCACCAUGUGGGCAGUAGACUCAAGUCCCCAAAGUUGAAUCUG